AUGAAAUAUAUCGUGUUUAUUAUUGUAUUUCUCAAUACGUUCUCCAAUGCCUUUGCUUGGGGUUAUAUUAAUGAUUGCACAGAUAUUAACAUUACAGACGUUAAAUUUACGCAAAGUAAUCAGAUCGAAGUAACCGUACAUGGUCCGCAAAGAGUUUCAGAUCCUGACUAUUUGCCUUGUUGUUUGCAACAGGGGCCAAUGAUCAUUGGUGAUUAUAAAUUUUAUACAAAUAACCCACGCGACCCGAUUGCUACUGUUUGGAAAGGCCGUCAAUGGGUAAAUGGUUACUUUGAGGAUAAUUCCGCAGAUCCAAAUGAUUGCUUAUCAUACUAUGCACCAGUGGAUUGUGACAAAUAUUAUGAAGGAGAAAUUGAUUACACGCGUACUGACAUUUUUGACGCUUCGAGGUUUCCCCCUCCAGGAGGGCAAGUCACACUUGUAAUGGAUAUAUUUGCUCAUUGUACUUUUGACACUCAUUUUGGAGGGAAUACGUAUUGCCAUCAGGCAUGCGAAGUAAAUUAUAGCACAGUUUAUUAUCCGCAAAAAUAA